AAGAAAAACGACACAAGUCUAAAAACCACUAUUUUAACCUUUUGGUGCCAAGCGACUUCAAAAAAAUAACUUUUUGUGCUAGAAAAACGUCACAAUAUUAGUGUUCUUUUUCGGCGCCAUGGAGCAGUUAUGUCGUUUAUCAUUAUGGUGUGAACCGUUCCCCACUUAGGAAGAAGAACGACACACAUCAGUUGUGCUUAAGACCUACUAAUGAAUGUACAUGCAUAAUGUCGAGAAAAACGACACAAGUUGGAAAUCCAAGCGAGCGAAGUAAACUUCUUAUGCUACUUGCUAAGAAGAAUAUGCAAUGGACAAUAAAGGGUGAUAGUACAAACCUGGAAAGUAAACGCAUUAUGGCGGUCCUUUCUACCGGACAAGCAGAGACCGAUGAGACUGCCCUUACGGAAACUUUGCCGAUCGGAGUGACUUCAACAACAGUUUCAGAACUUCAGUCUCACGAAGCAAUGAACGAGAGUGGAAAGUCUGAUCUCACAGAAACUUCUGAGGCUACGAUGUUUUCUGUGGCACCAGUUCCUAAACAAGGGCUUGCUCCCGAUACAAGUGAUAAAAGCGAUUUUAGUGACGAUGAUAGCGUGAAGGACCCAGACUUUCUUGUCCCUAAGGAUGACAUGCCACCUUCUGAUGUCACCACUGAUGAUACUGAUAUUGAUGAUGAUAAUAAUGUGGUAAUUCCGAAGAAGAGAAAAACAAAUUCUGCGACUGAAAUAGUUCAGAAAGGAAGAAAAAGAGUUCGACAUGAAGAGAAGUGGAAGAAGACGAAAGCUAAAUUACUUAAGGCACAUGGAAAAAGUUACACAUCGUUCGGCAAAAGUACAAGUAUAGUUUUAGCCAAAGAAAUCGGCCCUGUUUGUGAAAAUAAAUGCAGACUAAAAUGCUACCAAAAUAUGAAAGAUGAAGAUAGGACCCACAUCUUUCAAUCUUUCUAUGCUUUAGGAAGCACUGAACGACAGCACAGCUUUAUAUCGUCCAGUAUUGAGGAAAUACACCCCAAAUACGAGUAUAAGCGAGAAAACAGCAAGCGAAUUCCCAAUAACGCAUUUUUUCUCCAUACUCGAGACAAUGUACGUGUGAGAGUUUGCAAGACUUUCUUUAAGAACACACUUUCAAUUACUGAUCGGCCAAUACGGACGAUUUUGACAAAAAAGAGUUCUUAUGUGUUUCAAGACAAUCGUGGUAGGCAUGGAAACCACAAAACUGUUCCUGAAGAGAUAAAACAGUCCAUUAGGAACCACAUUGACAAAAUCCCACGCAUUGAAAGCCAUUACUGCAGGGCAGAUUCUAAAAAAACUUACAUUGAAGGAGGAAAAACAAUUAGAGACUUACACAGGGAUUACUUAGAGGAGUGUCGUGAAAAUAAAAAAACACCUGGAAAUUACGUUAUGUAUUCGCGAAUAUUUAAUGAGGAGUACAACAUGGCUUUUUUUGUUCCUAAGAAGGAUCAGUGUGAACUGUGCACAUCCUACCAACAUGCCGAAGAUGAAGCUAAAGCCAAAAUGCAAGAAAAUUACGAAACUCAUUUGAUGGAAAAAGAAUUAUCCCGACAAGAAAAGACAACAGACAAGAAUGGUGAAUCUACCGUUGCUGUUUACGAUCUACAAGCAGUGCUACCUUGCCCAAUUGGUCAAACUUCCCCAUUUUAUUACGUUAGUAAAUUAGCGGUGUAUAAUUUCACAAUUUGCAAUAUUAAAAACAAUGAGGUGCACUGCUACACCUGGCAUGAAGGAGAAGCACAUAGGGGAGCAAUAGAAAUAGGGAGUUGUGUCCUAAGCUAUUUGUCUCUCUUAAAUAACAAGAGUACUGCUCCAGAAGACGUAAUUUUUUACAGUGACAAUUGCGCAGGCCAACAAAAGAAUCAAUUUAUUAUAGGCAUGUACCUAUAUGCUAUUCAAAAGUUUCCAAAUAUUAGAAGCAUUUCUCACAAAUAUCUCAUAACUGGCCAUACGCAAAAUGAAGGCGACGCUGCUCACUCUAUUAUUGAACGGCAAGUUGCCAGAGCUAGAAAAGCAGGGCCUAUCUAUUUACCGGAUCAGUAUUACACCCUUAUAAGAACAGCCAAGAAAACAGGAGACCCCUAUAUUGUUCAUGAAUUAUGCCACAAAGAUUUUAUAGAUAUAAAGCAACUGACGAAAGAUCAAGGAAUCCAAAUUAAAAUACCUUUAAAAGAUAUUAAAAUUUUAAAAGUAAUCAAAGAAGAGCCAAACACUGUAUAUUAUAAAACAUCUUUUGGGUUCCCUGAAUAUGAUGAAAUAACUGUCAGCAAGAGAACGCGAUCACAGAAUGUUAAAGCAAAGCCAGCCUACCACACGAAGGUCGGAAUUACCGAUUCGAAGAAAAGGGGACUUCUUUCAUUAAUAGAAAAAAAUUGUGUACCUCAGUGCUAUAACAAUUUCUACAGUAGUUUGUAAAGAAUUAAAAUGAAUUUCCUUGUACUAAGGCCCCUAUCAGACGCUACGUCUUUUCGCCGUGCGCCGUGUAAUUUUAU